AUGGUUCACCCGACUGCCGCUGCUCUAGUACUCCUGUUAAUCCAUAUUGGACCAGAAAGCGCUCGCGGAGAGUUUUUUUACGCUCGGUCUGGAAGUGAGCUCAAUUCACACACAAUUAAGCAUGUGCGGACUCCACUCCUGCGCGGUGUGCGGGUUUGGGUUGUCUGGUUCAAUCAGGAAGAACCUGCUGCACUUUCUCCUCCAUGUUAA